AUGUGCAGGAAGUUGUUUUGAUGGUGUUUCUUGCAUUCAGCCAUUUUGAUUACAAGUGGACCAGCCGCCUCGCGAUAAAUAUACGACGUGUUAGCUCAGCCGAAGUAGGACAUUCCACGAAGGGUUUCACGAACUGAGUCAACACUAAACAGUGCUGCUAACGACAAAAAUGGCAGUAUUUGGAUCAUGGUUUGGACGUGAAGUAGAUCAGGAUCAUGUUGACUCCAUCAACGGCUUCUGGACAGUCCUUCUAUUGGUCGUGUGUUCUGUCGGAUCAUUCGCCUUACGUUACAUCACUACACCCAUUAGUUGUUGGUGCCCUGCUGAAUUCACAAGCUCUAUGAUCUCUUACACACAGGAAUCGUGUUUUCUGAAGGACAUGUAUUAUAACAAAUCAAUGUCUGUUAAUAAUGACGACGAAACAAAACCUCCCUCUGUUCCCUCCUUCCACCUCUGGAUACCCCUCAUACUCUUCUUCCAAGCCCUCGCCUUCAAAGUACCAAACAUCAUCUGGAACAGCUGCAAGCACUUGCUCACUCUUAAUAUGGAGGAAACUGUCGAGUCCCUGAAGAGUGUACAACUGACCAGUCCGGAGAAUCGCCAGGCCAGUUUCAGUGAUGCAGCCCGGGUAUUUGGAAGUCUUCUUAGAAGAAAUCGAUUCUUUCUGGCUCUGUUGUACCUAUUUGUGAAGCUCCUCUCAUGUAUUAAUCUCAUAGCUCAGUUUAUGUUCCUGACGACUUACUUUAGACAAUACCUAGCAAUCAGGGUUGGGUCCUAUGCUGAUUUUGAUAUUGACUCCAUCAUAAAACCAUUACUUGUAAAAGAUAUAUAUUGCCAUGUUCAAGUUCAGUUCCUGCAGAAUACCCAGAUAUUUUCAGUUCAGUGUACUCUGCAAAUCACCGAAAUCUAUGAGAAGAUGUUCAUAUUCCUGUGGUACUGGGUCUUCCUUCUGGCUAUCAUCACAAUCCUAAAUCUUGUCCUGUGGGCAGGAUUUCUCUUCCUACCGUUCCUAAGAGAUGGCAGGAUAGCUGCCCACGUCAACGCUUCCAAAGGAGCUCGCCCUAACGAACCCGCUGUAACACGAUUCAUCAGCAGUUUCCUCGGAAUCGAUGGUGUGUUUAUCCUGUCUAUGAUCUGCCGGAAUUCCAGCGAGUUAGUUGCAGCAGAUCUUACCCAACAUUUGUACCAGGUGUUUCAGGAGAAGGAACGGGAAUGGCAAAACCAGCGCAACCUCUACACAGGAGAAACGGAAGGUGGCGCUGUCGUAACCGGAGCAACAGGAACCAUAGCAGCUUUACCAAUGAGGACGCUACCACAUUGUGCCGAAAGCCCGGAGAAAGCGCCUACUAUGUGAGAGUAGUACUUAUGUAUCGUGCAUGGAACUCGAAAAAAUCGUGCAUUUGUGAAUAACGUUUUCGUGUUUCGGUAUUUCUCGUGGCUAUUCAACAUAGUUGGUAUUCCUGUCAGCUCUAAGUUGAAAUCUAGAUUUGUUUUUCUCCAAGAAUUCACUUGAUUACCGCGUCAUGUUAUAUAUGCAUCUCCUUAUAUAAAUAUAUUUAUGUGUCCUUAUAUUCACUAUUUAUUAGUUUAGAUGCUGAAUUACAAGUACCAGACUCUGAUGUGCAGUUUGCCGUUAUUUCUUUGUGUCGACGUUGUGUUUUAUAUUUCUGCUCCUUCCCAAUGUUUUGUUUGCAUGGCCUGACAGGCUCAAACUGAUAUGAAGACAAUCAGGUAGCUUGCAAAUUGGAGCCAUUUCCCUUUUACUAACUUGCAUUUACUGUUCGGUGCUCAUUUUGGACAGGCCUUAAAAACUUCUCGAAUUGCUUUGACGAUCUUCUCAAUAAUCUUGAACCCCAUUCACCUCACUUCACCUAAUUCCUAGCCAGGCCCAGAAACUUGUCUCGUACGUGAACAGUCAUUUUUAAGUUUGAUCCUUCAGCUCUGCUUUCCAUGUAUAUUUUUAUCCAAUGUCAGUAACGUAUUGAACAAUAAACACAUACAUGUAAAUGCAAACCAUGUUUUGACAGUUCUUAGUGGAAAAGGUAGACCUAGUUGUUUCGUUAGUCGUUAAUUUAUUAACACUGGUAAAUAGUUAGAUUGAUUAAUUUGCAUAUUUCAUGUUUGCGAUACCCUCACUGUAUGUCGGUUUAGUCAGACGACAUGGUAGAGAAGGUCGAUCAUGGUAAAUACACUAAUUUUAGGGCUCCAUAUAUGUAUAUAUGAUUAUAUUCGUUGCCUAACCUGUAUAUACUUUCUGUUAGGCAAUAUAUUCUAAGUUAGUGUAGGAUGCAAACAGUAUUUUGUCCAAACACUGCUGCUAUUAGGUUUCUUAGGUCACGUGACCUUCCACCAUUGCACGUACACGCUUUGGGCAUAGUACUAGAUCUAAUAUAUAUAGAUAUUGAAGUUUGUAAAAUGACAAUAUAAACUAUCUCCCUGGUUGUUGCACACGUUGUUGGUUAU